AUGAUGAGGUAUACCACAACAAUCCUGCAAGAACAAAGUGUUGCCUCCGAUAUUAGAGUGCCUCCAAUGCCGCCUCCUCAGAUUUGGACGAAAUUCCCUCCAAAGUUGCCGGAAUGUCAUAUUCUCAAUGGAAAAACUCCACGUCCACCUGAAGGCGACUUUCUCUCAGACAGAAUCAGUCUGAAGAGAAAUUUUAAAUCAAGUCAUCCCAUUGCACGUCCUCCACGCCGAAUGAUUGAGUUUUAUCAGUUGCAGGUACCUCAGCGCCGUGCCUACCUUGAUACCGUUAUCGAAUCAAUGUCCAAAAGCUAUAUGUUCCUCUACAACAACCUAGCUCCAGAAGUGUAUUGUCCGGAGUUGCUGCGCGUUGGGACGACGAAUGACGGCGGGAAAUGGAUUUGCAGCCCGUUCCGGUCAGCUUCGCUUUACGAUUGA